AUGUCGGACAAAAGCCUGUGCACGGCCAUUCCGCCGAUCCUGGCGAUGGUGAUUGGAAACGACCUGUAUCCGCCCAAGUACAGUAACCUGGCCGGUGCGGUUGCCGAUGCGGACCAUUUCGAGGCCUACCUGAAAGGACCACUCGCGAAGCUCAGUGGCCGCGAGCCGAAGAUACUCAGUCUGCGUAACGCCAAGCGUCAGCAAAUUCUGGAUGGAUUCACCCAUCUGCAGACCGAGUAUACGGAAUUCAAAGAUAAAGCGGCGAUCCUCAUCUUUUAUGCUGGUCAUGGUGCCCGGACUCGAAAGCCCCAAGAGUGGGUUGAAUGGAAGACGUAUAACGACGAGAUCGAACUUCUUUGUCCGAGCGACAUUGGGACGAUCGAAGGCGGCUCUGUUGUCGAAGGCAUCUAUGAUCGCACCAUUUCUGCGCUCCUUAACCAGCUUUCCGAGGCCAUGGGUUCCAACAUUACUCUAAUCAUGGAUUGCUGUUCGUCAGGCGGCAUCACUCGUGGCGAUGAGGAAUCAGAGGACCAAUGCAUUCGUGAAAUUUUUGAUCCGCCACCGGCGCGUGCAGAAUCCGACAAAGAGAUUUGGAGAUGGUCUGUCCAUGAUGGUGCUCGUGGUGGCAGCGCUGCGCAAGGCUUCUCCGGACAACUUCAUGGAUCGCAUGUCCUUCUAGCGGCUUGUGGGCCUGAUGAACCUGCCUGCGAAAGCCAUAUUUUGAAGAGGGGGCUUUUCUCGAUGCGCCUUCUAGAGGUCUUGAAACAAGAGGACAUUAGCAACUUGACGUACACGUCGUUAAUGCAUAAACUUCAGCUACCUUACAAGCGACAGACCCCACGAUGCGAAGGUCAUGCAGUGAAUGGACGGUUAUUCAACAAUCAAGAUUGUGGCUCGGAUUGGUCCUUCAUCCUUACGCACUGUAACAACAAUGUCAUCACCCUUGAUGCUGGCGAGGCCCAAGGCAUAACACCUGGAUCUAUCCUCUCUUUCCAUACCUCCAAUAUUACCGACUCUCCAGUCCGAGGGCAUCUUCUAGUCGAAGAUGUCCGAAUGUUUUCAUCAACCUUGAAGGCGCUUCAAACUGAACCACAUUUCGACUUUCCCGCAUUCUUUUAUUCCAAAGCGGUCACUACCGCAGGUCGGAGCAUCAGCAUCUAUUGUGACGACCGGGCGUGGUUGAAGAUCGUAUUCCCUCUUUCGUACAUCAAGCAGGCUGGAAUUGUUCUGGCCAAGAAGGGACAAGAUUACGAUCUUGAGCUGGUCGCAUCUCACGGAAAGAUCUCCUUCCAUCGACAGCACAAACUUGUCACAUCUCAUUUGGAGAGACGUAUUCGCCAUGAAGUUGACGCCAAUGAUAUCGAUACUAUCCGCCGAGUUGUCUGCUCUUCGCGCACCUUCUACUAUCAUCUUACACGCCAAAUGACAGAUAAGUCUGAACAGGCCUGCCGGAUUGAGUUGACAAAACUCGAGCCCGAAUACACGACCUCGUCUGAGGAGCCGGCUCUAGUUCCGAUCGGGCCCAAUAUCAUCGAAAACGAGCCGACAACACUGGUGGUCGACGACACUAUCUACGGGAUGACAAUCUACAACGAGAGUGCUAUUACUCUAUAUCCCUUUGUCUUUUAUUUCGAUCCAACCGACCUGACAAUUGAGGAAUGGUACCCCGCACCUUUUAGUCUAGCCAGAGGUUCAGACAAGUCUGCUACUGGCAGCUCCAACCAUACCGUCAAUCCGCCCCUCCUACCCCAUUCUUCGUUGACUAUUGGUCACGGAGCAUCAAGUGGUGUUCUUAUCUACACAUCCAACACCGUCCUUUUUCAGCAUGAAGCAAGCAUCGCCCUUUCCUCCCUCGGACACUGA